AUGGUGACCGACAAAGUGACCUUCCGCAUCUCCGGUAUGCCCGACUUCUGGGCCGAAGCGACCAAGGACGUUAUCACCACGAACACGACCUUACUCGACGUGUUCAAAAUCGACGCAAGCGGCGGGGUCAUGCUCUAUGGCUGGUCCCCAAAGAUCAUUGAUUUCUGGAUGAAGAUUCUAAACUACGAGGAUAUCGAAUUGCAGGAGAUCUUUGACGAGUUCGAGGCCGAGGUGAAGGACAUUUGGUCCAUCGCAAGCUUCCACGAGAAGUUUAUUCGACGCGCGCAGCUGGCUUGCGACUGUCAUGAGGAACAUAAACCUAAGUUUCCUACUGUGACGUUGCGACAGUGGUUCCGUCGCUGGUGGGAAGAGAACGACGAGAGUUUCCGGUCAAACACUGCUUCGGCACUGACCAGUCUCGUAAUACCUGCAUUCUACAUCGGUGAUGCGCGGGCAUUUAUGUCAAUUACUCAUAGCUGCUUCCUCCACACCAACAACCAGCAGGCCUCACUCCAGAACGCAAGGAUGCCAGUGGCUUCUGACGAAGGUGGACGGGACGAAAUCGAUACCCAUCACCCACUGCUUGGCAAGCUCGCGGCAGCGCGAGCAAAUAUGAUCAACAAGAUCGAGGACGCACUGCCCUAUGACGAGGAGAGAGACGGGCUCCCCCGCGGCCGGGGCUUCAAAUCGACAGUGUGCGAGGACCCCGACUGCUGCCCGAUGUUGAAGUCAGCCGCGUACUACAAAGCGCUGAAGGCGACUGGAUGCUGGCCAGUCGGCCCAGUGAUGAAAAACCACUCCAUCCACCAGGUUCUGACCAUGCUCGCCAACAAUUUCGACUAUGUCAACUACGACAACAUGCAGGACAUGCCGGACCGCGCGGCUGCCCGUGCCAGGAUGCCGGCCGAUCGAGAGGGCCAGAGUCAGAAACGGUGCAAAGUCUGCGUCGACGCUGCCGUCAAGGCCUCCUUCGACAAGAAGGUCAGGAGCCUCAUCAGGACGCUGCUGGACGAGAAGAAGACCACGGUCACGGUCGUGCGAGGGGGAAGACCCGUCGCUGUGCAGGUGGACGACUCUUUCGCCGGCUUAUGUCUUGAUUGCCUGACCAAGACCAAAUUCGGCAGCGAGGAUGCCGACUAUUGGAAUCAUUGCCUGGAUUUUGAAUUCGACCACGGCUGCACUGUCCCACACGGUCAACCAACGUGGUACUUCUCGUACCUGGGCCGCGCUGAGGACAUGAAGUGGUACACGAAAGAGAAGGCGAAGCGGCAGGCACAGCGACGUGCAGGUCGUUGA